AAUUAGCAAUUAGAGUGUUCAAUUCAAUUGUUCGGGUUGGGUCCCUCCUUGAAACAAAAACCCUAGCACUUUCUCUAUCAAUUCUCCAACCAUAACAUAACCAAAUAAGCCGAAAGGCCAUUUUCCCACCGAUAGAUAUAAUAAUAACAUAACAUGUUCAUAACCCAAAAUUAGGGUUUCCAAUUUCACGAAAUGUACAAAGAAAGAGGCUUCUCUGCCUCCAAAUCGGAGGAUCGGAAACGAAUCAACGAUGUUCUCGACAAGCAGCUCGAACGUUCCUCUCCUUCCACUUCUCGUCCCAUCAAUGGCAAAAACAACAAAGACAGAGACAACAACAACAACAACACCGUCAAGGAUCCUCGUUCCGCUUCCGUUUCCAAAACUUCCAAUAUCUCUGAGGAAUCUGAAACAGACAGUGAAGAGUCGGAUGUUAGUGGUUCUGAUGGAGAUGACACAUCUUGGAUCUCAUGGUUCUGCAAUCUCAGAGGGAAUGAGUUCUUUUGUGAGGUGGAUGAUGAUUACAUCCAGGAUGACUUUAACCUUUGUGGGUUAAGCAGUCAAGUGCCUUACUAUGAUUACGCACUUGAUUUGAUUUUGGAUGUUGAAUCUUCCCAUGGUGAUAUGUUCACAGAGGAACAAAAUGAGUUAAUUGAAUCGGCAGCAGAGAUGCUUUAUGGUAUGAUUCAUGCACGAUACGUACUGACAAGCAAAGGAAUGGCUGCGAUGCUUGACAAGUACAAAAACUAUGACUUUGGUAGAUGCCCAAGAGUUUAUUGCUCUGGACAACCCUGCCUUCCAGUUGGUCAGUCAGACAUUCCGAGGUCAAGUACCGUGAAAAUAUAUUGUCCUAGGUGUGAAGAUCUUUAUUAUCCUCGGUCCAAGUAUCAAGGCAACAUUGAUGGAGCUUAUUUUGGAACAACAUUUCCGCACCUUUUCUUGAUGACGUAUGGACAACUGAAGCCACAGAAGCCAGCUCAGGGCUAUGUUCCAAGAGUUUUUGGGUUCAAACUUCACAAGCCAUGAAGGUGAAGUUUAAGCUCUCAAGAAAGUAAAAGGCUGCCUGGAUCUCAUUUGACUCUUCCUUGUAUAACUCCUUGCAGCAUUCAGCAGAUCAAAAGCUUGUGAAACCAGUACAAUAUAGACAUCUGUUUUACUUGUUUUAGAAGCGUGUUGUAAAGAAAUAUGAAGACAUGUGAAGCAAGUGCCUAGUUUCACUUUCAGCUUCAAAUUCAAUGAGCAAGUGCUUAGGUACUUGACGUCACUUUUUAAUGUCUUACUACAAAUUGUAUUUCCUUAAUGUUUUCUAUGUCCCUGAUUACAUAUCUCCUGCCAUUUUAAUAUUGUUUUAUUCCAUUGCCUCAUUUCUGUUA